ACCGGUCGAUACCAUCAAAAUCGCGCCAUCAUGUCCCACGUUAGCAAACUAUGCUCCGAAAGUUGACCCGAGCGUAGCCCAGGCUCUCUCAUCGUUAGUUGCCUCCGUCUACCACAUGGCUUCAAGCGAUGGCCAUGCGCUCCAACCCAUUUAAUGAUCCCUCGCGCCAGUCGGGCUCAGUUGGCGAGACGAUGAUUCGCGAUCACGCAAUCGACGCGUGGAAUAGCGCGGACUUCGCUUCUCAGUACAUAAAAAAUCGUUUGAUGGCUGUUACACCACACAGCUCAAGACACGAAUGUCAACAAUACUCACGGGCGCCGGCGAUGUUAAACUCCCUCUGGACAGACAUCCGUCUCAGAGUAGUCUCAAGAGUGAUAUCAUCGUGAAGCAAGUACGCAAAGAAGAGGAAAUCCAUGACCCACUUGCUGGCGCUGCCUUGACGAGAGACGACAGCAUCAGACGUGAUGGAGAAACUUUCGACGAUGUUCCCCAGGAAAAACGAACAAUUGGCCUAUGGUCUGCUGUAUUUCUGAUAUUUAACCGCAUCAUUGGUACCGGUAUCUUCGCGACACCGUCGACUAUCCUUUCAAGUUCCGGAUCGGUUGGUCUGGCACUGUUCAUGUGGGUGAUUGGCGGUAUCAUCGCCGCCUCAGGUCUCGCCGUAUAUGUCGAAUUCGGCACUGGCCUACCACGUUCAGGAGGAGAGCUCACGUAUCUGAGUUACAUCUAUCAAAGACCAAGAUACCUCGCUGUUGCCUUGUACGCAGCUUAUGCGGCCUCAAUGCCUUGGCCAGCAGGAAAUUCUGUUGUUUUCGGACAAUAUAUUCUCCUUGCUGCUGGAAAGGACGUCACCCGGUGGAACCAGCGCGGCAUCGGCAUCGCCUGCGUUACGUUCGCUCCCAUUCUGCACAGCUGUUUCCUUAAAUGGGGUCUCCGUCUUCAAAACGCUCUUGGCAUCUUUAAGAUCGUCAUCUUGCUUUUGAUCACCUUCUCGGGUUUCGCUGCUCUUGCAGGCCAUAUCAAAUUGCCAGAGGAUGAAAAGCCCCAUAAUUUCAGGAAUGCUUUCGACGGCACUGAGAGCAAUGCGAAUGCGUUUGUUACUGGUCUUUAUAAUGUUAUUUGGUCGUUUAUCGGCUACUCAAACGUGAAUUAUGCGCUGUCUGAAGUCAAGAAUCCUGUUCGAACUUUGAAGAUUGCUGGACCCCUUGCCAUAGCAUCCGUUUCUGUCGUGUACAUCCUGGUCAACAUUGCCUACUUUGCAGCUGUUGCCAAGGAGGAUAUCCUGACGUCAGGUCAAACAGUCGCUGCUCUUUACUUCCACAAUAUGUUUGGAACAAGAGCAGAGAAAGCACUGAACGUGUUCGUUGCCCUGAGCGCGCUUGGGAACGUCAUGGCCGUUUUAUUCAGUCAAGGACGAAUCAAUCAGGAACUCGGUAGAAUUGGAGUUCUCCCCUUCUCUAAAUUUUGGGCAUCAAACAAACCUUUUAACGCGCCUGCAACUGGUCUGGCUCUACAAUGGUUGGUCACUGUGAUCAUCAUAUUGGCACCUCCGCCGGGUGAUGCUUAUAAUCUCGUGCUAAACAUGGUGUCAUAUCCAUUAGCCAUAAUCAACGCCUUUAUCAGUGGCGGUCUGCUAUUUCUUUACAGUCCCUGGGGCGGCGACUGGCGACCUCCAUUCCGCGCGACAUGGCCCGUUGUGCUGUUCUUCUUCCUCUCCAACCUCUUCCUCACUUUCGCACCUCUCGUACCUCCUGCACCGGGUCAAAGCGUAUACAAUAGCCUACCGUAUUGGCUGCACGUUGUUAUUUCGGUCGGUGUGUUCGCCGUUGGAGGGGUAUACUGGAUCUUCUGGGUCAAGUUACUACCGAGAUGGGGUCACUAUCGUUUGGAAAGACAUCUUGAGCUCCAAGACGAUGGUGUUUCAAGGAGUGUUUUCAAAAAGAUUCCCAGUGAACUGUCAUGAGCUCGAUCUUGUGGUGCUUUCGUUGUGAACUUGAUAACGAAUAGCUUUAAGUCUGUCCGCAUUACCCAGACACGUAUCAAUAAUGUAUAAUCAUAGUACAACUUCAAGUUUACUCACCUACUCCCUAAUUUUCGUUAUCAAAUUGUCUUCGAUUUGGUGUCAUUGUUUCAGGGAAAGAAGAAACAUACAG